AUGUCUGGUGUUCAUGCAGCAGAUGUGCUUCCAGGGGAUUCUAUGGAUGAUGAACGACCCAAAUGGGACAACAAAUUCCAGUACAUCUUAAGCUGUAUUGGAUUUGCUGUAGGGUUGGGAAAUAUAUGGAGAUUUCCAUACUUGUGUCAGACUUAUGGAGGAGGAGCAUUCUUAAUUCCAUACUUUGUUGCCCUGAUCUUUGAAGGAAUCCCCUUGUUUCACCUUGAACUUGCCAUUGGUCAGCGCUUAAGGAAAGGUAGUGUCGGGGUGUGGAGCACCAUCUCACCAUACCUUAAAGGAGUAGGUAUUGGAUGUUUAUUUGUGUCCUUCCUGGUGAGCUUGUAUUACAACACCAUUUUAAUGUGGGUGAUGUGGUAUUUUCUGAAUUCUUUCCAAAGCCCCCUUCCUUGGAGUUCUUGUCCUCCAAAUGAAAAUAGAACAGGGCCCAUUGAAGAGUGCCAGCACAGCAACACUGUGAAUUAUUUCUGGUACAGGCAGACGCUCAACGUCACAGCAGACAUCAAUGAAAGUGGGACCAUCCAGUGGCGGCUGGUCAUGUGCUUAGUGGCUUGUUGGAUGAUUGUGUAUAUCUGUAUAAUCAGAGGUAUUGAGUCCACAGGAAAGGCCAUUUAUUUUACUGCCCUCUUUCCUUAUCUGGUAUUGACAAUCUUCCUCAUCCGAGGACUCACUCUUCCUGGAGCUACUGAAGGAUUAAUUUACCUCUUUACACCUAAUAUGAGCAUUCUCCAGAAUCCCCGGGUAUGGCUUGACGCAGCUACUCAGAUCUUUUUUUCCCUUUCACUGGCUUUUGGAGGACACAUUGCAUUUUCAAGUUACAAUCCACCCAAGAAUGACUGUGAAAAGGAUGCUGUCACCAUAGCCCUAGUGAACAGCAUGACCUCCCUCUAUGCUUCUAUAGCUGUUUUCUCUGUCCUAGGCUUCAAGGCAACAAACGAUUACUGGAACUGUCUGGACAGAAACAUCAUCAGCGUCAUCAAUGAGUUUGAUUUUCCAGACCAGAGCAUCCAGAGAGACGACUAUCUGGCCUGCUUCACGCACUUGAAUUCAACCCAGUCAGACAGGAUGGCACGUCUCCAGCUGAAGAGUUGCCACCUGCAAGAUUUUCUGGACAAGAGCGCCUCUGGCACCGGCCUGGCCUUUAUCGUCUUCACAGAGGCUAUCAUUCACAUGCCUGGCUCUCCUGGGUGGGCUGUGCUCUUCUUUGGAAUGCUGUUUUCCUUGGGUCUGACUUCUAUGUUUGGGAAUAUGGAAGGAGUACUGACGCCUAUCCUAGAUAUGCAAAUUCUGCCCAGGUCAGUCCCCAAGGAAUUAAUAACAGCUGUGAUAUGCCUAGUUUGCUGCCUCUCUGCUCUUUGUUUCACACUACAAUCUGGCAGUUACUGGCUUGAAAUCUUUGACAAUUAUGCAGCUUCCUUGAACCUGUUAAUCUUUGCCUUCUUUGAAGUUAUUGGAGUCAUUUAUGUUUAUGGAAUGAAAAGGUUCUGUGAUGAUGUGGAAUGGAUGACAGGAAGGCGCCCCAACUUCUAUUGGAAAGUGACAUGGAAAAUCAUCAGUCCUCUGCUGCUGCUGAUCAUCUUUGUAUCCUACAUCAUCCUAAUGACACAAAAGCAGCCAACGUAUGGAUCCUGGAACCCACAAUAUGAUAAUUUCCCAAUCAAGCAGGAGAAAUUCUACCCUGGCUGGGUGCAAGUCAUCUGUGUGAUGUUGUCACUUCUUCCCUGCAUUUGGGUACCCGGGGUAGCCCUUUUUCAGCUAAUCAACCGGAGACAGAAAAACGGGAAGAAUUCAUGCUCAAAACUUCGUGGCAACAAACCUUAUGAGUCUGUAGAGGACUGAAGGGGGUAAUUCUAUGUAAAAGAGGAAGGAAAUAGGGGAAUUGAUGUCAUAAACUUUGAGUUUUAGUUGUCAGGGUUGUUUUGUCACUUGAACAAAGGGGACAGUCUUCAGCAUCAGUAUGAAGAGUAGUUUAUUCAGUUGUUACCCAAGACAAUAUUCUCUCUCCUAGCCCCAGAAUAUUCUAUUCCUCAGUUUUGCCUUGAUUACUGGCUCACAAGUAGAUUUCCCAUUUGGAUGUCAAUAAUGUACACCAGCACAGUGGAUAAAGUUCCAGACCUAGAGUCAGGAAGACUCAUCUUCCUGAGUGCAAAUCUGGCCUCAGACACUUACUAGCUGUGUGACCCUCAGCAAGUCACUUCACCCUGUAUGUUUCCUUAUCUGUCAAAUGAGCUGGAGAAGAAAAUGGCAAAUCACUCCAGUAGCUUUGCCAAGAAAACCCCAAAUGGGGUCAUGAAGAGUCAGACAAGACUGAACAAUACAUACCAGAGGAAAGCAUCCUGGCCAACAAGAGAAAUGGACUCAGUAUAUUCUCAGUCUGUUAGGAGAUGGACCAUUUCAAGUGAUGUCAGCUGCUCUAAGGACAAUAAUCUAAAACCUCAUCUCCACAUAACCUGCCUAGGCACUCACAUGUUGCCCAUGCCCACCUUGUUUUCUAUUAGCCUUACUACACCUGGUUCCAUCUCCUUCCUCCUUCUCACAAGCCAUCUACUCACCAUAUAUUCUAAAUUAAGCUCUUUACCUUUUCCAGAGUCUGUUUCACAGAUCUGUAAUUACACCAGUGUAAAGCUACAGCAAUAGCAACAAAAGAAAAUGUAGAAAAGAAAAUGUGUACCAAGAAGUUCAAUGGUAAAAAUGUCCUUGUGCUAAACCUAUAAAUCAAGAUAAUAUUUAAGGAUGACAAAAUGGCAGACCAAGGAUCAGCCACCUUGCUUAUUG